AUGUCAACUUCAAUCCUAAUAAGCGGUGCGGGAGGAUUUGUUGGUCAAGAGCUAACCGCCUCUCUCCUCAACACCACCGCCGCAGACACAACCUUAACAAUAACCGACGUCACCUCCGCCCCCCAAAUCCCCGCCAGCGCCAGGCAACACUACUCCCGCGUAACCUCAAUACAAGCAGACCUAACCGUGCACUCCGUUGUCGACUCCCUCAUAAACCCUUCCUCCCGCUACGAUGUCGUCUACAUUCUACACGGCAUCAUGUCCAGCGGAUCCGAAGCCAAUUUCGAUCUAGGCAUGAGUGUAAACCUGUUCGCAACACAAUAUAUCCUCGACAGGCUGCGGAAGACAAUGCCUGGUGUUAAAGUUGUAUUCGCAUCUUCGCUGGCAGUCUACGGGCCCACAGCGCCGGGCUUCGUAAUUACUGAGUGGAAUAUGCCGCAGAUGCCCACGUCAUCAUAUGGGAUCCAGAAGAUGAUUGUUGAGUUGUUAGUGAAUGAUUAUUCAAGGCGCGGGUUCCUGGAUGGACGGGCCGUAAGGUUGCCGACGGUAACGGUGCGGGCGGGAGCGCCUACGCAGGCAGCUAGUAGUUUUGCCAGCGGCAUCCUGCGAGAGCCGCUGAAUGGGAUCAAAAGCGUAUUACCUGUUAAGAAGGAGACUGAGUUGUGGAUUUGCUCACCGUAUACUGUUGUAAAAAAUCUGAUACAUGCCAAGAAUGUGCUGAAGGAGGCCUUUGGAGAUUCGAGGUCGGUGAAUUUGCCUGGGAUCAAGGUAUCGGUGCAGGAGAUGUUGGAUGUCUUGGAGAAGGUUGGUGGGAAGGAGAAGAGGGCGCUGGUGGAGGAGAGAUAUGAUGAGGAUAUUGACCGAAUUGUGCAAGGGUGGUCACCAAAUUUUGAUAUUGCAUGGGCAAAGACUUUGGGCUUUCACGAGGAUAUGUCAUUGUUGGAAAGUGUAAGGAUGUAUGCAAAUGAGUACGUUGAGUAG